AUGACGUUUCCAGAAGAUGUUGUCGUAGAGAGGGUAGAUCUGUCCUCCAAGAGGACUCUUGUCGAGGCGGUGAAGGGGCAAGAUGCCGUUGUCUCUACCGUUAGUGACGAGGCUUUUGCAGCAAAGAAGCUGUCCAUUGACGCCGCAAUUUCCGCUCAGGUCAAGUGCUUUAUUCCUUCUGAGAAUGACGUCGACACCCGCGAAGCAUGGGGCAAUCUUGCCUUAAUCGGCAAAUACGUUGUUCCUUCGCUGACCAUGAGAAACUUGCGAAUGCUUAUCCCAGCGCUUUUGUAG